GUGGCCGCUUCUGCUCGUAAAAUCGCAUUCUCUCUUCCGGGGACUGCGUUUGCGGCUCCGAUCAUCAACACGAGAGAAUCCCCGGAAAAUCCCUGAGAUUCCGACUCCGAUCAUAAUGGAUUUUCAUGAUAGUCUCAGGAAAUGGCUAGUGGUGAAGCAACGUGUAACAAUGGCCAAAGCACAGUUUCAGUUGCUAAGAGGAGUUAUCAGGUGGUCAUAGCAGCGACGAGAGACAUGGGUCUUGGCAUGGAUAUGAAACUUCCAUGGGAUCUACCAAAAGAAUAUCAGUUUUUCCAGGAUGUAACAACGAAGACGACCGAUCCCAGGAAGAGGAAUGCGACUAUAAUGGGAAGAAAGUCAUGGGAAUCUACUCCUCUCGACAUUCGUCCCCUUCCUGGUCGGCUCAACGUUGUUCUGACAAAAUCAUCUAGCCGUCCCGACAUCGCCACUGAUGAGAAUGUGUUGGUGUGUAGUAGCAUGGAGUCGGCUCUUGAACUCUUAGCCACCAAGCCCUACUCCUUGUCCAUCGAGAAGGUCUUUGUCAUAGGAGGCGGCGAGUUGUUAAGGCAUUAUAUGAAUGCACCAAGCUGUGAUGCUAUACAUCUAACCGAGAUUGAUAUAAGCGUGCCAUGCGAUGCGUUUGCACCGAAGGUUGAUACUUCUCUGUACCGUCCAUGGUACUCAUCGUUUCCAAAUGUGGAAAAUGGAAUACGGUAUAGCUUCAACACUUACGUCCGAAGAAAGAACCCUCCCAUUGUUGAGACAGAGGAGCAGUACUCGUUCUUGCCUAAGAUGGUUUUGGAGAGGCAUGAGGAGUUCGGUUACUUGGAUCUUGUUCAAAACAUUAUAUCUGAUGGGGACAUGAAUGACAAUAGCACUCUUUCUAAAUUUGGCUGUCAGAAAGUAUUCUGGCAAGGUGUUGUAGAUGAAAUCCUACAAGUUAUAAAUGGUUCAACCAAUCCCAAGGAAAAGGGCACUAAACAUAUAUGGGACAGUGAUGAGGCUAAAGAAUUUCUUGAGAGGCAAGAACAAGAAUACUGUGGAUUUAGAAUGUUGGUUUAUGCAAACCAAGAAUUCAGUCAGCUCUGUGAUGUUAUAAACAAGAUAAAGAACAAUCCUCAUAAUCAAAGGAUCAUGCUCUCGGCUUGUAACCCCUUAGAUUUCAAAUUAUUAUCUUUAUCUCCUUGUCAGACAUUCACACAGUUCUAUGUGGCGAAUGGAGAACUUUCGUGUCAAAUCUACCAGAGCUCAACGGAAGUGAGUCUCGCGGUUCCUUUCAGCAUCGCUGCAUACUCUCUCUUGACUUGCAUCAUCGCUCAUGUUUGCGAUCUUGUUCCUGGUGAUCUCAUCCUUGUGGUUGGUGAUGCUCAUGUUAAUACAUCUCACAUCAAAACUAUACAAAAGCAGCUUCAAAUCUCCCCAAAACCCUUCCCGAUUCUGAAGAUCAAUCCGGAGAAAACGAAGAUCGAUCAGUUUGAAGCCUCUGAUUUGGAACUCGUAGGGAUAUGACCAGCUGCUUCACAAAGAGAUAUGAACACUAAUACUCAUCAUGUUGGAUUCUAGUUCUAACAUCAAACUUACAGGAAACAUACUUCAUAGUUUAUAAGAUGGAACAAAAUUAUACAAAGAAAAAAAAAAGAAAAGAAAUGCUAAACAGCAUUUUAUGCUCGGGAUUUGAGAUAUUUUUACCCGUAUAUUUACAAACACACAUAUAUAUUAUGUGAAUGCUAUUUGCAUAAACCAAAGUUUUUCUUCUUCUUCUUCUUCUUUUUCCUUGCUUUUCUCUUAAUUACUUACUUUAACAUCUACACAAUACAAAACUCUUCAUCCUUUUGGUUCCUCCUCUGUCUCGCAAUGAAAGACUCGAUCUUGUAUCGGAGUUCAUCAUCAGAAUCAGUUCCAUCAGCAGGUCUCUCCGUCUCCGAUCUCUUCAGUCUUCCACAAGAACGCUUCUUUGAGCCCUCAAGUUUCUCUGACCCACUCCUCUCGUAGCUCUUCCUUGGGCUUUCCUGUUUUUGGGAAAUGAUUUGUCUUUGUCUCUUCACAGUAAUGUCCUUCGUUUCCUUCUCCUCGCCACUGCUCUGUUUCUCAGUCUUUAUCUGUUUCUCUCUCUUAUCUUCAAUGCUCUGUUUUGCCCUGUUCUCCAGCAUGCUCUGUUUUGCUCUGCUCUGUCUCUUAUCUUCGCUGCUCUGUUUUGCCUCGCUCUGUUUUUCUCUGCAUGUCACAUCUGUCUGUAAACUAUGCUCUCUUCUUGAGCUCUCUCGGACAAACUCGUCGUAGAAAUCAUUGCUGUUUCUCCGUGCAUCUGGUUCUUGAUUCGCAAAGAGACCGCACUUGGCGACUAUAGUGAUGACUAUCGCAUUCCCCAAGAGGAAAGCAAGGUGACGGUUGAUGAGAAAACGAGUGAGACCAGAGUCCUCGAACAUGAUGACUAGUUGGUAACAGAGCUUGGCUACUGUAACCAUAACUACAGUUAUCUCGACCACACGGUAAAACAAAUCUAAGAGUAUUUGAACCCGAGACUUCUUCACAACAACCUUCAUCUUUCUUGGUUUAGCCUUUUGGGUACUAAGCGAAUCCAUCGGCGUUGAAGAGAAAAAGUAUUAGCUUAAAACAGUUAAAACUUCAGGUUGAAAUCGUCUUUGAAGAUCGAACAAAGAUGUUGUAGAGCAAAAGAGAAAGUUGAUAUUCAGAUUAUGGUGGAAAAAAAAAACAGAGGAGAGUAUGAGUCUGUUUUUCUCUUUGUUGUUAUGUUUUAAUUUUAGCUUGAGAGAAUGUAGCUUCGCAACGUGAGUGUAUUUAUAAAGAGUCAUUGAGUGCAUUUGCUUUCUUUUUCAGGGCACUAAUCUUCCU